AUGUGUUGCAGGGAGGAGGACGUCGUGCCCGGAUCGGGGCUGUCUGGCGACUCGGAUGGGCCCUUCGCACAGCUCCGAAGAGUGGAAGGAAGAGAGCACAAAGGGGAGGAAAGGGGCAGACGACCGAGGCUGGAGGGACUCUACGAAUCCGUAUUUGACGCAACGUGGGGUCACGUCGUGGGAUUUCCCGAGGGCGAAGGGGAAGACAUGGUGGUGAUAGAGGGCCAACGGCCACAAGAGUUAUGGGAGUACACGCAGACUGUGCGUACUUUUUUCUCAGUGGGUGAUGAGGAGCAUUUCCGUCCACCACGCCCACGACUCAUGAUCCUUUCCUCUGAAAAGCGAUGGCCGUACUCGCUGGAGCAUGCAGUGCCUAUUGCCGACUGCUGCAUUAACAUUGAGGUGCAUCGGGUGUGGAAGAUCGUCGAGGGUGAUCUAAAAGGAGUGUUUCCCCCUCCAGAUACAGACGCACCUAAAAUGAGACGUCAUCUUUUGAUUGGAACCCCCAGGUAG